AUAGUGGUAGAUGUGGGGCCGUCUAUGAACCAGGCCCCAGCAGGGGAGACAACAUCUCUGCAGACUGCCCUAGAAGCCAUGACUAUGAUCAUCCAGAGGAAGGUAUUUGCGGAAUCAAAGGAUGAGAUAGCUGUCAUUUUGUUUGGGACUGCGGACACCGACAAUCCUCUGGCAAACGGAGAGAGUUAUGAGAACAUCACCAUCCUCCAACCUCUUAGCAUCGCAGACUUUGACCUGUUGAACCUCAUACAAAAUGAAAUACAGCCAAGCAACAUCUCAGCUGAUUAUUUGGAUGCGCUUGUUGUUGGUAUAGAUCAUCUUGUCAAUGCCACCCAAGGAAAGAAAGGAUUUGGGUUCAAGAGGCUGAUUUUGAUGUCUGACCUCGGUGGGGAAUUUGGAGAUGAUGAAGUUGACACCAUUAUCCAAGGAAUCAAAGCAACAGGCACUGAGCUUAAUGUCAUUGGCCCAAGUUUAGAUGAUGGUGAGGAUGAAAAUGACAGUGAAAAACCAGGCCCAAGCACAAUGUCAAAUGGACAGCGUAAAGAACGUACAGCCCAGCAAAGAACUGGGGAAGCCAUGUUGCGUCACAUCUUACAGGAAGUGGAGGGCGAGUGUUAUAGUUUCAGUGAAGCCUUACCUGCCCUGAGCUAUUUCCAAAGUCGACAAAUUAAGCAAACAGCAUGGAAAUGUCAGCUAGAAAUUACUUCGGGUAUUCGUAUACCUAUAUGUUCUUAUGCAAAGCUUAAAGAUUUCAAACUAAAGCAGAGCUGGAAACGAGUAUAUGCCAAGGACCCAUCAGAGGAGGUGGGCACUCUUAGGACAUACCAUAUGAAGGAUGAAGAGGAAACAGAAAUAGAUAAAGAGGACAUGAUAGAAGGUCAUCGCUAUGGAAACACAUUAGUACCGAUGUCAGAGGACGAUAAGGCUAACAUGAAAUACAAGGCUGAAAAAUGCUUUAAGAUUCUUGGAUUUACAAAACCAGAAAAUGUAAAGAGACACCAUUACCUUGGCGAUGGGUCAUCAUGUGUGGUAGCAGAUAAAGGUGAUGAGGCUGCAGCAGUGGCUCUUUCAUCCUUGAUACAGGCCCUUUAUGAAACGAACAUGGUUGCCAUAGUGAGGAGAGUAUAUAGUGCAGCAUCUGGGCCCAAGUUAGGCUGUCUCAUACCUCACAUAAAAGCAGACUACGAGUGUUUCAUAUAUGUUGAGUUGCCAUUUAUGGAAGAUGUGCGACAGUUUACAUUUGGAAGCCUUCCUGUUACCAAGGAAAACACAUCAACAGCCAACAACAAAUUUGCACCCUCUGAGAAACAGUUGGGAGUUAUUGACAAACUGAUCACCACAAUGGAUCUCUGUCCUUUACCAGAGGAUGAUGAUGAUGAAGAUGAGGAAGACAAUGCAACAGAAUAUUUAAAGUCAAAGUUGACCUUUAACCCACAUUUCCAGAAGCUUUAUCAGUGUCUUCAACAUCGAGCACUGAAUCCAGAUGAGCCCCUAGCAGAGUUAUCCCCCCUGGUAGCAAACUACUUGAAACCACCACAGGAGGUCCUGACCAAGUGUGAAGAGCACAUUGAGAGCUUGAAAAAAGUGUUCAAGUUAGAGGUGGUGAAGAAAAAGGAGGAAAAGACUGGUGAGAAUCAGUUCAAAGAAAGUGAUGAAGGUGAUGCUGGGAAGGCGAAGAAACCACGCCUUGAUGAUGACCUUGAGGGUGGCAUGGCGGAUAUCACUAGGACAAAGGUCACAGAGGUUGGUACUGUCACACCUGUUGAGGAUUUUGUCGCUUUCAUCAACCAAAAGGAUGAGGAUAAAUUUGAAGAAGCAAGUCGGCAGAUGCAGAAGAGGAUAGAACAGAUUGUUGUGGACUCUUUUGGUGCCCAGUUCUACCCUAAAGCCAUGGACUGCCUGAAGGCUCUACGCUCUAACUCAGUUAAGAAAUCAGAACCAGAGCUUUUUAAUGCAUUUAUGAAGAAGUUCAAGGAAAUGCUGAUCACUAAGGGAAGGCGGGACUUCUGGGAGCUGGUGAUGACAGAAAACCAGGGCCUAAUAUCAAAGAUGGAGAGUGAAGAUAGCACUGUGUCCAAAGAGGAAGCCAAACUGUUCAUUAGUGAGGAGGUGGAAAAGGAAGAAGAGGAUGUGAAACAGGAAGAAGGUGAUGAUGCAGAUGAUCUUCUUGACAUGGUGUAGCAUCCAGUUUAUCGUUAGUCAGCCUGUCAUCGACGGUCAGAGAAGCAACAAUGGCAGCUUGGUGUUUACUGUAACUUAAGGGGAAAGAAUAGUUUUGAGAGGAAAUGAAACAAGAUUCGAUCUCCCUUACAUAAUCUCCAUUACAUACUCAUAGUUAAGUGUAAUUAUUUCCUGAUGUUUUAACAUUACAAAUUGUCAUGUUAUAAGGGAGAAUGUGUGAAGUCAUAUUUCUCUGACGUUGUUGUUACAGAAUGUCAUGUUAUGGAGAUGAAAGUGAACAGUCAUAUCUCUCUAAUGUUAUCAUUACAAAAUGUCAUGUCAUAAGGGAGAAUGUGUAAAGUCAUAUUUCUCUGACGUUGAUGUUACAGAAUGUCAUGUUAUGGAGAUGAAAGUGAUCAGUCGUAUCUCUCUAAUGUUAUCAAUAGAAUGUGUCAUAAAACAGGAGUAAGGCUUUAUUUCCCAAGUGACAGAACUUAAUUUUUUAAGACCUUAUGUCAGGUAUUACAGAGCCAUAGUAAUGUCUUAAUCAGCCGUCAUAAUAGAUAUGCUGAGAUAAUUAAGAUUUAUCUUCUAAAAUACCAGAUUGAAAAAUAAAGAUAUUAUAGAUAUAUUCAGUAAAAGACCAGGAUGAAGAAUAAAAAAAGAUUUAGAUAAAUCUGUUAAAAUACUAGGUUGUAGAAUAAAGAUCAUUUAGAUUUAUCCAAUAAAAGAACAUGAUAAAGAGUUGAGAAGUUAGAUUUAUCCAUUAAAAGAACAUGAUAAAGAGUUGAGAAGUUAGAUUUAUCCAUUAAAAAACCAGGAUGAAGAAUAAAAAAGAUUUAGAUAAAUCUGAUAAAAUACGAAGUUGAAGAAUAAAUAUAAACUGGAUUUGUCCAUUAAAAGACCAGUUAGAAGAAAAAAGAUAAUAUAGAUUUAUCCAUUUAAAGACUUAUGUCUUUAUUUAUUGUUACUAUUUUUAGCAGUACAUUUUUUGUGUUUGAGGUAAAUGACAAUAAACAUGAUAAUGAAGUCUGUUUUGAACUUAAUGCGUCUAUAAAUUGUGAUCGGAUACAUAUGGCCCGUACCUAUCAUUACCUGGCACAUAUCUUGCUCGCACUUGUGGACAGGUGUACACGGACGUCCGACAUGCCAGCAGCAAAAUGUGGAACAUGCUCCAUACUUGUCACGGGUACGUUACAGGUGUUUAUCAGGAGAGCUCUGCGCAGAACACACGCAGGAGGCUCAUAGCGCCGGCAAGUCAUCGGCAGUUAAUUUCUUUCGUUGACAUAAUGCGGGUGAUCUGCUGGCAGGAAACAGUGUUGCACAGCAAACCUGCGUGUGACCUGACAUUUCUGCUGGCAUGGACUGAAGUAUACGAGGAAAGUGAUGGCAUCUUAAGGGGCAGUCAAGAAAGAGGACCUUUAUACUUGAUGGCUAACAGGACACUUUUUUAGAUUCAACUGGGCAUCAUACGGGCACACCUGGGCCUACAUGUACCCGGGCUUGGAUGAGUCCCGAGAGACGCAGACUAGGAAAUAAGGACCUCUUUUUAGGUUUUCAGAUUUACAGUCGUUUGGCCUUUCAGUGGAUGAGAAAAGAUAGGAAAAAAGUCGAGAGGGAAAAGUAGGAAAUGAUGGGAGAAAGUGUGAUACAGAGACGAGAGAGUGACCGUCUCUACUUCCUGACCUGUACUGCAAACUAUUUUUAAAGAUGUAUAUGCUGUAACAGAGGAGAACAUCGCAUACUUCCUGUUGUGUCAGUAUGCACCAAUGACUGAGAGGAUCAGUAUUAAUCCUCACUUGUACGGACAGUCUCCAUGGGCACCUUGGAGACCUUUGAUUGUGAAGAGUAUUUCGCAGGGUUCUGGUGUCCAGGAGAGGAAUCCUAAGGUGUCCCUUUCAGCGCCCUAGAUAUUGAUCCAAGUCUCCAGAUCCCUAUGAUUGUCCAGUAUACCAUCCGGUCUUCCGAUAAUGUACUCAAGACGCUUGACAUAAUACAUCUUAGAGCUAUUAAAAUACAUCGUCAGUUAGUUUACUAAGAUAUGUGCGAGUUGCUGUUUAAAGUUCGACGAGAGAAACUAAUUAUCAAAUAUUGGACUAGGAUAGAAAUAUUAGGACCUCAUUUUUGCUCCCAAUAUAUUAGGGAAGCGUUGUAUAGGGGUAAAAUUUAAUUACACCAGCAACCAGCCUGUGACCAUCAGGUUGUCAUUUUAAAAGUAUUUAAUGUGGAUAGAAUUCAAAUAGAUCAGUAAUUAAGCAUUUCGAGUGAGUCAUGGCUUUUACCUAAACCGGAAAUUAAUAAAGUCUUCACACAACCAACAACAGAAAAACUAAAUCAAUCAUUAAGUAGUUGCCAUGGCAAUCAUUGAUGAUAAAUAUAGCAAUUUUAUCAAAUACUAUACUGACGGUAAAAAAAUCCAACAAAUAAUAAAGUAGGUUUAGGAGUUUUGUGACAACACAAACAGAAUUUUAGCCUAUUGCUCUGUGUAUUCAAGAGAGUUUAUAGCUUUCGGCUUAAAAUUAUGGCUCAUUGACAAAACAAAACCAGACAGCGUUUUCAUUUCGCCUGAUCGUCUUUCGGCCAUACAAUCCAUAUAAACCGAAACAGCUCGAGGCCUGUCACGCUAAAUUAAAUUUUACGCUUGUUACACAUUUUAGAAAAACAGAGGAUCACUGUAGAGUCUGCACACCUUCCAUCUGGUAUAAAUAUCCCCGUUAACGAAAUAGCAGAUAAAUUAGUUAGGGAAUCUUUAGAUUAUGACAUCACAUACAUCGACGUCAACUUUUCUUAUUCACUGAUCAAUAAAGCUAUAGAACAAAGAUGGGAUCAACUUUGGAAAGAUCAAAACAACUCGGAACAACCUGAGGCUAAUUAUAGAAAUACCCAUUCGGAAGUCACAAGUGUACUUUUGUGAUAAAACAGAUAAUACACGUUAUUACUAGACUACGAUUGGGCAAAACAAAAUUGAAUUUAAACAUUAAUAUCAUGUUAAAACAAAUAUCACCAAAUUGUGAUUUCUUUGAUAACGUGGAGUCAAUCAUGUCUUCUGUUCUAAACAUCUCGGAGCUAGGACAGAACACUACAAGGAAUUUACUAAAAAUAUAAUCCCAGUCAUUUCCACUUAAAUAGCUUUCUACCGUCGCUGGAUAAACAGGGCAUUGUCCACAACACGAUUAUCAGAUAUUUCGAAACAAUAGGUUAAUACAAAAAAAAUAUAACAGACAAAACACCACAUUGCAAAGACGAUGGUGUCGGGAUCUGGAGAAUCUGACCCAUACCUAGGGCCAACAGGGACAUAUUAGGGCGGCUACAUGAACAUCAGAACCCUGCGCAAUACUGUCUAGAAUUUCCUAAGAAACAAAAGGUGAUUACCAGGGAGGAUUACUACUGAUCCCCCAUUUAUUGGUGUAUACUGACGUCCAAGGAGGUCUGCGGUGUCGUCCUCUAUGUCCCAUCCCCGCAUGCACAUCUGUAAAAUAGUUUACAAGUACAGGCAAGGCAGUUGUGUCCCCCGGGGGUUCCGAGCAGAACGUUCGCUGCCAAAAGUGUACACAAGUUAGUUCACAACGAAAAUCCCCAUCAUAUACGAACGAUUCGGUUUAUUCCCCACUGUCCCAAAACUAAAUAAAUAAACUUCCCAACUGUCCCAAAAGUAGGGUUGUUGUUAUGGUGAUCAGGGGUUGAGAGUGAUGUUUUAACACUGUCCAAAAAGUCACAGGUAAGUGGACACCAUGAUUUAUUUCCAUCCUCAUAUUUAUGUAAUAUCUUGAAAUAAACUCUAAAUGUGAAAUAUUUUUUCCAAACUGUCAUUCAUGUAUUUCCAAAUCUUUCAUUCAAAUUCUAAAAAUUAAGU